AUGAAACGCAGAAACAGCCCAAAUGGAAGAAAUUUUGCUGAAAUACGAGCCUUGUUACCCCCAGAAUGCGUUCCCAUUUGGGAUAAAAUGAUGAGCAUUGAUAUGUCAGAAUUUUUUACUGUCAAGAAAAAGACUUUACCCAUUGAAGACUGGAAAGGGCAUAAAAUGCAACCUUCAUUCAAAGCUGAAACCGUCCGGUUUGCUUAUGAAGAUUGGACGCCAAGAGAAGGCGACGUAUUCGUUGUGGCCUAUCCUAAAACAGGACUAAAUUGGACAAACGAAAUUGUAAAACAAUUGUUAUACUUUGGACAAGAACGAGACUACAGAAUAAUGUCAAGUCAGGCAAUGGUCAUGAGCCUUAUUGAAGGAGGGUGGUCUGAAAAAUACAAAAUAUUUGAUGCAAUGCCAUUAAAAAGAAGAAUAUUAUGCACACAUUUACCUGCACCAGUGAUAAAUGUCGACAAAAUCAAAAAGUCAACGCGAAGGUAA